CCCCAGCAAGCGACGGAUUGCGCGUGUUUGUAUCCAAUAAAAGCCACGAGAUCAAAUCGGCAACAAUAGACAAAGCGAAUAAACCCGGAGAGCACACAUCCCUCGCUCGAAAAAAGGAAAAAAAGAGAAAAAAAUCCCGCGAGAGAUAAAGUAAAACAGUGAAUUGAUGUAUUUUCGCGUGAUACGUGCCACCGCGAGUCCCUCAUUUUUUUCGUUUCUCUGUGUGUUCUGUUGGUUCUGUGUCAUCCCCCGUAUCCUCAGCAAAUAAAUAAACAAGUAAUAGUGAAAUUGAAAAUCACGAGAUACGGGGAAAUACGAAUUUUCGUCUGUUCAAAUAAUAUUGUGAAGUGAUAAGCGUAAAGGAGAGAUAUAACGAGGGAAAAACCGGUUUUAUUUCGAUUAUUUUUUUUGUUGAGUUGUUUUGUGAAAUUUUGGAUUGAAAUCCUUGAAUAGGGGAUUUUCGAUUUUUUUUUUUUUUCGUUGUGGAGUUGAGUGUGUGGGAGAGGAUCAUUUGAGAUCCAUUUGUAUUUUUCUGCGGAACAGUGGAGCAAAACGGCCUCAAACUGUGGGGCUCUGGGGCGUUCUUUCUUCCUCCACAAGGGAUGUACUACCCUGUAAGUGGACUCAAUGAUUAUAGCUGUGGUAUUCGGCACGUGGUGCAGACAGGUAUGGCUGCGCCUUACGGUGGGGGUGUAUUUCCACCCCCUGUGAACGGUGUAACUGGGGUAGUUGGUACAGCCGGGUCAACUGGUGAGGUUAAACCACCUCCACCAGUGCCCAAUAAAGAGGAAUCAACUGGGUCACAGCAGCAGCAAACAUCCGGUGGUCCCCAGGUACAAUCGACACAGGGCUCACAGCAUCCAACGGCACCAGGAGCACCCGCUGCCACGAGUUUCAGUCCACCACCACCGCCCAACGGUGUUGACCAACAAGCUAUCUCUGAGGUAUUUCAGGCGGCAGUUGCAGCUGCUGCCGCUGCGGCAGCUAACAGCAGUGGUCAACAGACAGCGUCAGCAGCGUCUGGGGCCAAUGAUACAAAUCAGGAUAGUGGAGUUGAGGGUAAUAAUAUGGUGCCUGUUACUUCCGGCACAACGACACCUUCCACUGUUACCCAGGGUACUGAUCUCAAGGGACAACCUAAACGUCUUCAUGUCAGUAAUAUACCGUUUAGGUUCAGAGAUCCCGAUCUUAGGGCUAUGUUUGGUCAAUACGGUCCAAUACUGGAUGUCGAGAUUAUUUUUAACGAGCGCGGCAGCAAGGGAUUCGGUUUUGUAACAUUCGCGAAUAGUGCCCAUGCGGACCAGGCACGUGAGAGGCUACACGGCACCGUGGUUGAGGGCAGAAAGAUUGAGGUGAACAACGCAACAGCUCGAGUGCAGACGAAAAAGCCACCAACAGUGCCCAACGUUUGUGUCCAGUGGCCAGAGGCCGCUGCACUACGUGGCGUUGCAAUUCAACGUGGAAGAGUUGGUGCUACCACCAGGGCAACAUUUCCAACUGGUGCUGCUGCUUUAGCGCUUGUGCGUAACCCUGGCCCACUAGCGGCAGCCGCAACUGCCCUUCAUCCCUUUGCACCUGCUGUCUACUAUGAUCCAUUCUUAGCCGCACAUGCAGCGACGCAGGACCCUAACUACAGGCUCCAGCUGGAAUGGCCGCAAGCAACAGCCGACGCGGCAGCAGCAGCAGCCGCAGCCUCACCACUCCUGAAGACACCCCUGUCAACGGCACAGCAGGCGACGUAUGCCGCAGCUGCCACAUACACAGCAGUUGCGGCAAGAGCGGCCUACGGUGCGGCACAACCAGUCGCCGGAUAUGCUGCAGUCACUGGGUAUGGACGAGAAUACGCCGACCCCUACCUCGGACACAGCAUUGGACCGAUGACAAAUUAUGGGGCGACGGUGUACAGAGGUGGCUACAACAGGUUCACCCCCUACUAAACCCCAAAACCAAUCAGAUCACGACCAGAAACUCCCCAUUAAACAAAAAAAAAUCAUCAUUUCAUUCCCUCGAACUGAUGGACCCCCUCCCCCCAGAGGACCCCUCCACCCCCUCGUCCCACCGAAGACCUCAGAGCCCCGAAGAACAAUUCACCGAGGGUCUCAUCAUGUUCCUGGGACUCUGUAGAUUCGCACAAACUCCUGAAGAGCCCCAAUAAGCCUCCACCCUCACAUUGGGAUCAUUCGCCAAAUUGUAAUAUAGUUGUAUAUCGAGUAUCACUGGAAUAUUCGCUUUUUAAUCGUUAAAAAUUAUUUCUCCACAAUAAAACGAAAAUUGAUUUACUCAACAUCAUCAGAAUAACAAUCACCGAGAGGCAAAAAUAAUCGGAAAAUGAGAAAUGGGAAAAAAAAA